AACGAAACAAGCCAGUGUCAGCAUCAUUGAUGGACUAAGAAUGAUGCGAUUAAGCGUUAGGAGGGAGAGUGUUCUGAACCCAAUUAAAGUCGCUCAAAUGAGCGGGACGGGACGGAGAACGUGCUGAAGCACCCCUGCUUGCGUGUGUUUUUUUUUUUUUGCUGUGACAUUAUGACAGUCCUGCCUACCGAGGAGAAGAUAGAACGGUACACCACACUACCUAAGAUUUGCCUUUCCUAGUGAGAUUCACCUCGCUGUAGUGCAGCCACCAGCUCCAUUAUCUAGUCUGAUAAGAGAGGAAAGUGGGCAGGAGCUUGGACUUUAGCAGAAAUAUCCGUCGCAGAAAUCGUCGUACGUUUCUCAUUUAUCUUGCGGAGCCUGUGGGUUUUGUUCUUGACGUCCGAUCUUACCCAGUGUCCCGGGGAUGAUAUCGUGGCCCAUCAAGAAAAAACUUUGAAAGAUAAGGCACAAAACCCGUGAACUAGACAACCAGGUUUACGCAACAUGCGACGUAACAAAUCAAGCGAUGAUGGCCUUGGUGCACUCAGCCCACGCGCAGCCGGCAUCAUCCGCGAGGCAAAUGUCGCGGACGGCAUUCCCUUCCGGGCCAAGGCCGGCCACGUGCACCGCACAUGGGCGCGGACCUUCAGUUCGCUGCCGGAGCUGUACCUGCAGCCCGAGUCCGAGGCCGAAAUCGAGAAGAUCAUCAACUUAGCUCGACGGUGUCGGCGACGGGUCACUGUCGUGGGGUGCGGCCACUCGCCCUCGGACUUGACGUGCACGUCUGGUUGGCUGGUCAACUUGGACAACUACAACAAGGUCCUGGACAUAGACCGCCUGACCGGCGUCGUCCGCAUGCAGAGCGGCAUCAGGCUUUAUGCGCUGGCAGCAGAGCUGGAGAGGGUUGGCCUGGCGAUGCCGAGCUUGGGAAGCAUCAACGAGCAGAGCAUCGCGGGGGCCAUAUCGACGGGCACCCAUGGAAGCAGCUUGCAACACGGGCUGAUUUCAGACGAUGUUGUUGAGCUGAAGGUGACCUUGGGGAACGGGACGACGCGGACCUGCAGUGCAACGGAGGACCCGGAUUUGUUUCGGGCCGCUCUGCUCUCGCUCGGUGCCCUGGGAAUCAUCAGCGAGGUGAGCUUCCGGGCCGUGCCGAGGUUCAGUCUGUCCUGGUACCAGACCAUCGACACGGACAAGAAGAUGAUGGCGCAAUGGGACACGACGUUAUGGACCCAAGACCACUUUGUUCGUGUUUGGUGGUUCCCGUACAUGCGUAAAGCCGUGGUCUGGCGGGCAUCGGAACCUGGACCCGUCCUAGGGCAAGAUUACGCCGAGCCAGAACCCCCGAGACUGGACCCACCUGCGAGCUGGUACGGUGGCACCCUCGGAUACCUCGUCUAUCACAACUUGCUUUCGCUCGCACAGGUGGUGCCCAGAAUACUUCCAUGGGUUGAAUGGUUCGUGUUUGGGAUGCAGUACGGCUUCAGGAACGGGACGACGAUCCACGGCGUCCAGCCCAGCAGGGAGGCUCUUCUCAUGGAUUGCUUGUACUCUCAGUUCGUGAAUGAGUGGGCCAUUCCCUUAUCGAAGGGACCGGAGGCGCUUAUGCGGUUGGGGUCAUGGCUCAACAAGCUCAAGCCAGGUGACGAAGGCUAUGUUGAGCACGGAAUCCCAUUUUCUGUCGAAGGCCUAUGGGUCCAUUCUCCUGUAGAAGUCAGAGUUGCAGACACUUCUUUGAAUCGGGAGAAGAGGUGCAGGCCCUGGCUGGACCCGACGGUCGAGGAUGGGCCGACACUGUACCUGAACGCCACGCUAUACCGACCCUAUCACCGAGACCCGCCGUCGUAUAAGAGAUACUACGAAGCCUUCGAGUGGUUGAUGAAGGAUAUGGGCGGGAGGCCACACUGGGCCAAGAACUUCAGGUGUCAAACCAUCGAGGAGCUAUACGGCGACAACCUCCAGCAGUGGCGUGCAGUUCGUGAUAGGGCUGACCCGGAGGGUAUGUUUGCUGGGCCAUGGCAUCGUCGACUUGUUCUCGAGGCUGGAGAUGAUAAACACUACCUGUUGCCCCUGGAGGAGGCAGAAGUCGAAAGACGGCAGGCCGAGGGUGACGGUCUUCGUGUGACCGGGGACUGCGGAGGCAGAAAAUAGGUGCGUUUACGCUGAGAAGAUUUUGGAUGCCGGGUGUGGUAAUGGGAUAAACGGAACUUUGCAGAGAAUACAUGGUGGGCAGUCUGGUAACAGGAAUAAGCCUUUGGGGUAGGAGACUGAAUGAACUGUUUAACAUGAAACGGUGCGUCAGUGGACGGCAUGGACAGAUGAAUAGACACACACAGUAUGGGAUUGAGGACGGUCAUUGGUUGAUUUCGAAAUAGGCAGGAGCGUGUUUCCAAAAGAGCCUUCCUUGCUCUGGUUGGUAAGGUACCUACCUACCUUAUCUGGCAAUGGUAAACCAACGCAUCAAAAUUUAGCAAACGCCUUUCCAUAGGUUGGCUGAGGCCACACCAGAAGCGCGUGUGCCAAGAAUUAUCCAGGGGACGCAUUUCAUACCUACCUUACCUUACCUACACCAUGGCAGCCAAGGCGUGACGUCUCCUUCCCUAUCAUCUCCCCAAACCAACACUCGAUUCCCUUUUGUUUCACUCUUUUAUCCUCCAAAGGCCAAAUCGGUUCGGUCUGAUGCAAAGUUUCCAUUUCAAC